UUGGUACCACGUUUUGUUUUAAAGCUGAAAGUUUACAUUUCUUAAAGCAUAAGCGUUAUUUCCCCACAUCUUUCUGAAGCAAUGGACGCCGGAGCAAAAGUAAAGAAAGGCGCUGGAGGAAGGAAAGGCGGCGGUCCAAAGAAGAAGCCAGUUUCAAGGUCUGUCAAAGCUGGGCUCCAAUUCCCCGUCGGAAGGAUCGGGCGUUACUUGAAGAAGGGAAGGUAUUCACAGCGUGUCGGAACCGGAGCUCCGGUUUACCUCGCCGCAGUUCUUGAGUACUUAGCCGCCGAGGUUCUCGAGUUGGCUGGAAACGCAGCACGUGACAACAAGAAGAAUAGGAUCAUACCAAGGCACGUGUUGCUCGCUGUGAGGAAUGACGAAGAACUGGGGAAGCUUCUCUCUGGUGUUACAAUCGCUCACGGUGGCGUUUUACCGAACAUUAACCCCGUUCUUCUCCCAAAGAAGACUGAAAAGGCUGCAUCUAAAGAACCUAAAUCUCCAUCGAAGGCCACUAAAUCUCCGAAGAAAGCUUGAUUUUUCUCCUUUGUUAGAUGAGUGGAUUUUGUUUGGAUUGGUUGAUGGGUGAAAGCUUGAUUUAAUAUGUUUAGAUUCCCAUUUGCUUCAAUUCAAUUGAAAUGAAACUACUUGUUUCUGUUACUUACA